AUGAACUUUAAAGCUACGGACGGUUGGUUGUCUCGAUGGAAAUCUAGACAUGACAUAAAAUUCAAGAAAGCACAUGGCGAGAAAGAAAAUACUGAAGACUUGAAAUCAACAAAACUGCCUGAAUUUCUUGAAAGGUUUUCAGCAGAUGACAUCUACAAUGCUGAUGAAACUGGGCUGUAUUAUCGUGCUACACUGGACGCCUCGUUAAGUCAUAAACAUGUUGCACUCUCUGUCUCCAAAAAAGCGGAUGGAUCGCGCAAAUGUCUUGGUGCUGCUCAAACAUGUCAAGAACGGACAAGAAGAAGCUGUUGA